GUAAAAUUCACUAAAAUAAUUGUCUCGAUGAAAAUAUCCUUCCUGACGAUAGAAACAAGAAAUCAGUAAUUUCUACCUCUGACUACGUCUCGUGGUGGGAAAGUUCUUAAAAAAGUAGCGAAGUUGAAUAGCGAGUCUAAGUUGGCUUGUCGCGAUUGUUUUUAGACGGAGUCUUAACAUCAACGAGGGACACAUUUUAUGCCUCAUCGCUCCUAGCACCAGCCUGGUUCUUCGAGCUACUGGGCUAGGAGAUAUCGACUUUUACGAGAAAGCAGGGAUUAACCUGAAGCGAAGCGCGUUUUUGCUUUGAUACUCUGAGGCUGCCUUAUACUAGCUGGCACGACGAUACGAGUGCCAGGAGAGAAUCUUCGCGAAGACAGAGAACUAGAGGAAACAGACGAUCUCCGGUCUUGUUGUGCUAACCCGAGAUCAGAUCUCCUGCUGAUUUACCACAGGCACGGGCGAGAACAAGAGAACGAAAAAGCUUACAAGAUCACUUCUAACCCAAAAGUACACGAAGAACCAGUUACCAGCGUGCAACAUGUUGUGCACCUUGUUCAUCUAGGACAUCAUCGUGGUCAACAUCGUCCACAACGAACCCUCAACAUUAUCUCCUUCAACCUCAAGAAACACCAAAAAUAAACAGUCAACAUGGUAUCCCGUGAGCUGACAGAUGAACAAUUGCGUGAUGCUUACACAGUGUAUGAGAAGGGCUAUGAGUGCGCAGUGUCCAGCGACGACGCCUUAGAAUUGGCCCUUCAGGCUUUGUGCCUCGAUCCAAAGAAAUACCUCAAGCAAGUCUCCACAGAAUGCGUCAAAGUUAAUCAUGGUAUUUUUAGGCAGAAGCUGCUCAUGUCCAGCUUCUUAUGAUAUAAUUGUACAGAAGUAGUUUAUAGAACGGAUGUAGGAUGGACUUGGAUGGAUCGGAUCACGGACCCCCCUGAUUCUUCCGAUCCUACUUGAAAUGGUGGGAAGUCCAUCCGUUCCAUCCGAUCCAUCCCAUCCCCGAUCUGGCACCCCUAUCAAUUACUCUAAUAUUGAUUUAAGCUUUAAAUUUUGUCUUGUUUUCUUGUGUGAAUUACAAUUAUUCAAACUCAUAACAGAGGGUAAGGAGGCGAAAGUCGAGUACCCAAUUUUCGUGAAUUCGUUGCAGGAAGUGAACAGACUAAACAUCGACUCCGAGAUAGAUGUGAAAGAGAUGUUCCACCGACUCUCAAGAGGAUACAAGUAAUAUCACUUUUUUCAGAAGUACUAACUCAGAAGUUAUGUUCAGGUCGUCGAUCGCGACUUCCAAGAGGUGGAAAGUACGAGUACUCAUUAUUUUCCUAAGGGAAUACAAGUACUAAAUAGGAAAUACAAGUACUACUCAUUAUUUAACUUCCAAGACGAUGGGGAUACAACAACUAGAAGUACUUACGUAAGUAGUAUUUUUUCCCUCCUCAGACACAGGCACACAGUUGUCACACAGAGGUAGUUAGACCAAUCUAUAAGGCCUCAGUUACAUCCACCACCUCCUCCUCAGGUUAGACCAAGGUCGAUUAAGAGAUCUGUGUGCGGAUCUAGGAUUUCGAGACACUGAGGUAGAAGACAUGUUUGCCGAUUACUGUGGAGACAACGAAUUCGUAUCGGAGCCGUCUUUUAGAUUAUGAAAACUACAGGUGCUGGUCCUGCUGGCUACUUAUGUGUGCUACUUCUAGUCUAGAACAUGAAAAUAUGAAAAUUGUAGUUUGAUUCAAUUUCAAUAUCUUUUUUAUAUGAAUAUCAUCUCUAAAAAAUCUAGUACUACGAAAGGCAAUAGAACUACCCGUCCUUUCCACGACUUCUAAUCCCGCAACUGGUCGAGGAUAUACGAAACAUGACACCUAUAGCAGCCGUGCCACCGGGCUCACCGUCCAACUCACCGAUGAAGCGAGGCUGAUGAAAAAAGUGUGUUUCAGGAGUCAUGGAAACUUCUUUUGGAGCUGUUGAUGUUUUCCUUUUGCCAACGUUCAUCUUGAUUUGUGAGAAGGAGAACAAAAUUUUGAUAUGACGAUCCUCAUUCCGAACGACCCGCAGUUGUAAAUAAUACAUGAACUUUCUUGCCAUGAUACCAACACUAGAAGUGUCGAAGCAAGAACAAUAAGCGCUAAAGAUAUCUGCUGAAUGUGAGCUGUAGGUCAUCAAGCAGCACGACGUGGCUGCAGGUCAUCAUACAGAAGUAAGG